GGGCGGAGUUAACAACUUUCACACAGCGGUGGACGACGGAUAGAUAGGAUAUGUGUUCAGUCGGACUUGUUGACCCUUUGUGAGGGUUAAAGUGCUUUUAAAAAAAUAACAAAUUCAGAAGGUUAAAUAGCUCUUGGCGCAGCGUCAAAAUGAUGCGUUUCCUGCUGCUCUUCAGUCGCCAGGGGAAGCUACGUCUACAGAAGUGGUUUACACCAAUAUCAGAACGUGAGAAAAAGAAGAUCAUUAGGGACAUGACCGCUAUGGUGUUGACACGGCAACCACGCUCCUGUAACUUUCUGCACUGGAAAGACCUUAAGAUUAUUUACAAGAGGUAUGCAAGCUUGUAUUUCUGCUUGGGCAUAGAGAACCAGGAGAAUGAGCUGUUAGCCUUGGAGGUUAUUCAUCGCUACGUGGAGCUGCUGGACAAAUACUUUGGCAAUGUGUGUGAGCUGGACAUAAUCUUUAACUUUGAGAAGGCCUAUUUUAUCCUGGAUGAGUUUCUAAUGGGAGGAGAAGUACAGGAAACCUCCAAACUGAUGGUGAAUCGUGCCAUCGAAGCGUCAGACAUGUUACAGGAGACCAUGGAGGAGUAUAUGAGCAAACCUGCAUUUUAACCCAUGGAAAAAGGACACUGGGGAAAAUACAGGAACCAAAUGUACUGUAUAUGAGUCAAAGAAAUGUCUGAACAUGGAAAUAAGAUUUACUUGGAUUCCACUGGACAUUUUCAAAAGAGGAAAUGGGCAUAAUGAAUGUCUGCUUGUCUUCUGCCUGAAGCAUUGCUGCAACGUUAUUCUCAUAUUUGUUCAUUCAGUCUUGCACUCAUUUGAAGGAUGGGGUGGGAGGGGGGGUUCUUUAUGUUAAUUGUACACAUAUUUGUAUUUAUGUUAACCCUAUAUGUUAACUAACAUUCAAAUGAAGUAGUAAUUGAGGGUUGGGGAUAUGAAAAGCAUAACCAUGCAUGAUUUUCAGGUUUAUAAAUUUGUUUAAUGUAUAUUUAAAUCAUGCUUUAAUAUAUUUUAAUUGAAGGAUUAUUUUCCAAAAAUGAUGAGUUAAUUUUGGGGGAAAUUGUGCCUCUCCAAACAAAAAAUCUACAUUUAUUCUUUCAAAACACAUUUGUAAAAGAGAUUAUGUUUUGAAACCACAAUAACCAAUACUAGGCUUUGCUUUCAUGCCUGCAGACAACAGAUUUUUGAAUGAAACUGUUUAUGAAAAAUUCCUUACAGUUUUUAAUCUGUAUAACCUAUUACUUCUGUUUGGAACUAUUAGUCUUUACAAGGAGCUGUUGUUAGUGUGAAUUGAAUAUCACUGUUUUUAUAAUAUGCAAUUUAUGAUGUCAGAGCUUAUGAUUAAAAUAUGUAUU